AUGCUAUCGUUUUCUCCAAUGCCGUCUAAGAAUGCGUCGCCACAGGUGGAGUUAGUGAAGCGUAAACGCCUUCACCACCGGUUCCAUAUACCGUUUGCAGUUCUUCUAGCUCCUGGCUAUCUACCCUUCUUCCCCGUUUGCCAAAUGGUCCCUGCUACACAUCACAAUCAAUGUCUGGUUGUUUGGAAUCUGGCUGACUAUGAUCUUUUAAUUCUCGUCCCUGUUUACGUCAUAUUCGAGGAUUUAGAGCCGGUGAUGCCCGUGCCUAGACAUCUUCCUCUCCCUCGGCUUCGGAACCAUCAAACAGUUAUCCUAUUUCUUAUCUCUAUCCCCAUUGUAAAUAUCCUUUGCUGUACUGUGUCCUGCUUAAUUACCAACCGCUGGUAUGAAAAUGCACCGCUUCCCUUUUACCUUUCUUGA